AUGGCUGCGAACAUAGAUAUUGUGGUAGUGGGAUGCAUCAAUUCUGACCUUGUGUCAUUUGUAUCGCGACUUCCGAGUGCGGGGGAGACGGUCUUUUCUUCCUUGCUGGAGAGUCAUUUUGGAGGCAAGGGGGCUAACCAGGCUGCUCAAGCUGCCCUCUUAAGGCAGAGUAGUUCAGCCUGUCCAAAGGUCACCCACGAAUGCUCCUUUGGUACCUCUCACCAAGGGUCAGACAUUGCGUUAUGCGAAAAUGGCGCACGUACAAAUGGAGGAACGCCAUCCACUUGCGGCGUGGCGAUGGUUGGAAGGAUUGGGAGAGAUGUUGCAGGUUUGAGUUUUCUGCGCCACUUUCAGUCGCUGGGUAUUGAUACUAGGGGCAUUUUCACAGAUUCUCAUGCUGCAACUGGCACAGCCCUCGUCACUGUUGCUCAGGGAGGGGAAAAUACCAUUGCCUACUUGCCCGGGGCGAAUGCGUUGUUGAGCAAGGAGCACGUCUCUGCAGAGCCCGUCUUCUCGUUGCUGGGGGGUGCAAAAGUGAUCGUGUCAGAGAAUGGAAUUCCGGGAUCCGCUUCAGUGGAGUGCUUCCGAAUUGCUAAGAAAGCAAAUGCCAAGGUUUUGACGGUAUUUACGCCGGCACCAGUUGACUCUGUUGAUCCCGAGAUCUGCUGCUUCACGGAUUUUCUACUUUGCAACAGCAUUGAAGCAAAAACACUCGUGAAGAUGUGGGACAGCGAAGCGGCUGCCCCGGACACGUAUGACGAAGAACGCAUUGCACACCGUCUUCAUGAGGUGAUGGUUCGUACUGCCUGUCGGUUUUCUGCGGGCUUACAAGGUAGUGCGAAUGUUGUCAUCACGCGCGGAGCUCAUCCGUGUGUUAUAUUUGCCGGUGGGAAAUCCGUGACAGUGCCACUGGCGAAACCCGUUCCGAGCGAACUCGUUGUCGAUACGACGGGGGCAGGUGACUCAUUUGCAGGGUCGUUUGCUUACUUCCUCAUGCAAACACCAAAGUCACCGGAAGUGGCAGUAUCGAAGGCGACGUUCGUAGCAGCGCAGUCAGUCACAAAGAAAGGCGCUGCGGAAAGCUACGCCGGGAGGAACGAGCUUCCUGACCAUUUAUUUAAGCCUUCGUGA